CGUAGAUCUUAAGCUAUAUAUUAAGAUUGUGGUGGACACGGGCAGUAAACAAAAUAUUAUAUUCUCUCGUAUGUACAGGGCGUUGUUCAAGAGCUAUGGUUUGCAGAAAACGAAGAAAACAUUCACAGCGUAGUUAACAAAAGCCGUUGAAUGGUCUUGGUUAUUUCCUUGCAACGUUUCAGUCAGGUAACAAUUUUAUAUAUACAGGGUGUCCCCAAAAUCCCUCAGCACUCUGCUGAACCCACAAGUGCAUAAAAGCUUGACAUAAGUAAAUUUUAUAUUGUUUAUGCAUAAAGAAGCUGUUUAAGAAGCUGCUUUAAAUUUCCAAGGCCAAGAGCAUGGAAAUCGUACGCUUUACAAAGAUAUUUUAAUUUCUUAGGCCUGUUUUAAACGUCUCGCUUCUCAUGUGCCGAACGCAUUUAAAACAAUAGAUAAUCAGCUGAAAUGUCUCAUCUAUUGUUUUUAAUCGUUCGGCGCAUGAAGCGGGACGUUUGAAACAGGCCUUAAUAAGUCAAUAUUUAAAAUAAUUAUAUGCAACCUGUCAAUAUUUUACGCAUCUAUGCGUUCAGCUUAGUGCUAGCUAUGGCAUUCAAAUUCUAACAAUAGGCCUACGUUAUUUCAAUAGUUUUGGGGUGUUUUGGGACACCCUGUAGAUCAUGGUAAAAUCACAAACAAUCUGUGCCAGUGUAGGUAGAGAUCAUAAAAGGAUAACUGGGGAUUGCGAGAGAUGCAGCUACCUGAAAAAUAGGGUACUUCCUCGGAUAGAAGAAUUUGCAUCACAGAUUACGUCAUCAGUUAGUUAUAGUGAUUAGUGUUGAGGUUAGGGUAAGGGUUAGAUUAAGGAUUAGGCUUAGAGAUAGGGAUUGGGUUAUAUCUGUCGCUACAAACAACACAACUAGCCGAUCUCAUGUGAUCAGUUCUCCUCUACCCGAGGAACUAGCCGAAAAAUAGAAGCAAAACGUCGACGUUUCGAUCAAAGGCGGAUGUCCACUACACGAUUUUUGAGACGUACUAUCGUCAAAACAGUUCGCGACGACACAUGCGCAAUUGCCAAUUGGAAAAAAUGUUCGAAGAGCGAUCGUCUAGCGCUCGACGAAACGUAGGAUUGACUUCUACUUUUCGUCGAGCGCCAAAUUUUUAAAUAGGAUUCCGCGCUUUUUUCUUCCUGCUAGUACAUCUCCACUUCUCUCUAAAUCGUCGCCGUGGGCCUCCACUUCUCUCUAAACCGUAUAUUAUAUAAUGUGAUUUACAUUUUUUGUUUAUACUUAAUUUUGACCAAAUCCAUCUGAUUAGUUUAUCUUUUGUCACAUGACACUUUUAUAUAUUCUUGGUGUAAAAAACGAGUUCCAAAAAAGUUUGAACAAUAUCAAACUUAAAUUUGCAAUAUUUUGCGGAAUUUUCUCAUUUUAUCUGUGAAAAUAUUGUUUAAUUAAUCGCCAAGUUAUCUUGAUUUUGACCCAAAUUUCAUUACGUUUUUGCUAUUUUUCUAUAAUUUGUGCUGACAGAGUAUGUUCAGUUUAAAUCCUAAAUCAAUCAAAAAUGGAAGAAAUUUGUACAGUCGAACCCUUAUAAGCGGACACCUCUCUUAAGCGGACACCUCUUUUAAGCGGACACAUAUCUCAGGUCCCAUUCGUUUUCUUUAAUAAAAUACUAUUAUCAUAACCCCUAUUAAGCGGACACCCCUCUUUAACGGACGCGGACACCUUACUUGAGGUCCCAAUGGGCAAACCAACCUCUCUUAAGCGGACAGAUGACAGACUGUCUGAUAAAAUGUAUUCAAUAUUCGACAGUAAAUAACAAUUGAAAUCAAUUUACAUGGCACAUUGACAGUGACACACCAAUUGAGGAAGUGACGAACGAGGACGGAGGACUGUGAGCCGCCAGCCAAGCAGCCGAAAGAUAUGUGUCAGAUCACUGAUGAUGACAACGACCUGAACGAAGAUGAUGAAUUUGACUGAUCUCUUAUAACGAACCAGUCAUUAAACCUUUCUCCUAAGCCCUUAAAGUUGUCGAGCGGCUGACAGAAUUUGCACAAUUUCGUAGUUUGGAAGAACUUUCCAACGUCAUUUUUAUGUAAAUGACAUUAUACCAUUAUCUGUGGGAGCCUCGAAAGUAAACUUGUAUUGAUUCCUUUUUUAUAUGACUGGGAGAGACGUAUACAUUUUCUAAUGAAUUUUUAUGCACAAACACAUUUUCAUUUUAUGCAAAUUAUUUGCUAGAUAUUUUUUACUGUUUAAUUUUGAUACUCAAAUUACACACCUUUGCCUCCUGCUGCGUUUUUCUACAUACCUUUUAAGCGGACACCCCUUUUAUUAAACGGACACUUAGGCGAGGUCCCGAAGGUGUCCGCUUAAUAGGGGUUCGACUGUAUACAAAAAGCUAAAAACCUUAUUUUGAACAUUUUUAGCGUUAUUUCACUGCACAAUAUAUACCUAUAUAGGUUUUAAAAUGAACAAAUAUUCUGGGAGAAUAUUUAAAUAUGGUUUCGGUGCAUAUUUUACGGUUUCAGCGGUAUUUUGCAUGCUAUAGCGCUUGUGCAAGGAGCAAAAACCUUUAAAAAUCUUAUGUUUUGCCAUAUGUGUUGAAAAGUACCACAAACUGAAACAAACACAUUGCAUUUUUAAAUCCAGUUCUCCCUCGCCAAUCUGACGUUCGUGUUGACAAAAACGUCGGUUGCUUUUAAUAUAAGCAAGCUCAAAAGCUCUCUAUUAAUAACACAGAUUUUAUAUCAUUAACAUACAUAGCUAAUAUAAAAUCAACACACCUGUUGAUGCUCACAAAUUAUUUGUUUUCUAGCCUUUUGCAAAGAUUAAUUUCGCAUAUGAGACUCAGCAAACAAGUCUUCUCACAAUGAGAUAUUAGUGAAAGUAAUAUUCAAGGCGUUGGAAGCUGAACUCAGACAUAUUUAUGCGACCUAUAUCCAUGUAAAUAUAGGAGACGCAAGAUAGCUUCAAUUAGAAUUAACAAGCUCUUUUGUAUUCAGGUAGGUAAACCGAAUAGGUUAGCUCAUAUUUUUUAUUAGCCUGUAUGCUGUAAGUUUAAUUGUGUGAUUCAAGUCAAUCCUAUUUGCGUAAUAAAUCAUAAAGCAUUAUAUUCGAUAUAAUUUAUUACUCAUCCGAGUGGAAAUCUAUCGCAGAAACUUGGCAAAAUCUAGGCCUAUAGUGGCCUACGUGUAACUUUACGCCCAUUAACGUACAGUAGUAAAGAUUGUCGAUGACUGUACUAAUAAUCAUGAUUGAUUUGUGAAGUUACUCUUUUGAAUUAUUUUUUAAAAUGAAUAUGCGGUUUAGAUUCCAUUAAUUAAUAACAACAAUGACAAUGUAACUGGAGAUAUAUUAUAGAAAGGUCUAACUCUAUAUUAUACGGCAUACCAAAAUUGUUUUAUUUUAAAUUUUACGUUCUAAUGAGCCUAUAUGAAUGGUUAAUUUUAAAGUUAUCAUAUAAUUUUAAUAUAAACAUGAGCGAUAAAAGAUUUACACGACGUUUCGAUGUCAUCAUACCAUCAUUUGCAAGUGAAUAUAUAGCUAUAAGUAAAAACAUGUCCCUUAGGUACAUGUGGCCUAUGCUCUAGGCUGGACAGUACGUAUUUGUCCCGAACCAAAAAUAUAUAGUCAACCGUGACUAUAUACAAUAAAAGCAGAUUAUAAAUAUUUUAUAAUACAUCAAUUCAACGCGUUAUGAAUAAAGAAUGAAGCUGUGGUGUAAUAACGCAUGAUGUGACUAAUUAAACAAUUUAGAUUUAAUAGAAUCUGCACUGUCCAUUUAAGCUAGGCUUUAGUUCUUUAUAUAAUUAAUGAAAAGUAUUUCAAAAAAUUCCAAAAAACAGACAACCAACGUCAUGUAAAUCUUUUAUCGCUCCCUUUUAUCAAUUAAAAUGUUUGAAAAGAAGUCUUUUUAUUCGGUUUAACAUAUAUAUUUAAGGCGUUAAAUAAAUGCAAUGAAAACCAAUUUCGAUAUGCAUAUAAUGCACUUUCGAAGAUACACAGAUAUGUAUACUGUAUACAUUUGAAUAUAUGUUGUCAAUAAUAUAUGUCAUGCAUGAGCAAUGCUGGAAGUAUAUAUGGGUGAUGUGUCGAUUGUUUCCUCAUGGCUAUAUGACUAAAACGUCGAACUUUUAGGAAGCCGAGAUAAUUUAUUCCAAACGUUAAUUGUUUAGCUGUUCGUGAUGCACAAUACAUUCUGUAAUAGGAAAAUAGCCGUAGUUGAUGAAGUGAAGACGCUCUUUACACAGUCAUAAUUUGAAUAAACAUUCAGAAUCAACUUGGAAUCGUGAUGCAAAAGAUAUUACGAACAAAAUUAUAUUUAUUGCAUGUCAAUGGACAAUAAAAUAAUAUAUAUAUAUAUAUACCGUCAAUAAAAUAAAUUAUUAAUAGACAGUGUCAAUAUCAUUUACUAUACACGAACUUGAUUAUUAUAUUUCUUCUCUGACAGGAAAUUUUAAGUUCCUUUCGUGGAGUAUAAUCUUUAUAAAUGAUGAUCCCUUAUAAAGUGUUCACUUUUGUAUUAUUUGCAACAACGAUAACCUUAGUCAUCGCAAGCAAACACUUUCAAAAAAUUAAACGAUCAACUUCCCACAACCAUGAUCUACACAAGGAUCACGUGACUUUCCUUGGCGAGGAAGCUGCUCGUGAAUUUUAUGGAUUGACACAGAAGGAAUCUGUUAGAAGACUUCGGUAAGUUUGUUCUUGAUUAUAUUUCUCUUCGUUCGGACAACAUACAGCAUGGUCAUAUAAUACUAUUAUUAGCACGCGGAUGAGGAUCCGGGCUUAUACGGAUCGAAAGCUUUAAUUGCAGUGAUAAAUUUACGUGGUGUUUCCACAACAAUAGUAUUAUAAUAAUAUGUUUUUAUUGCCAUGCAAACCUACAAAGAACUUUUAAAAUACAGCAUGAUCAGUUCUGCUAGUUCGGCGGAAAAUUUCGUGUUAUAUCAAAAUCUCAAAUCCAGCGUGUUUCAUUGUAAGAUUCUAACGUAUUUCAUUGUUAUAACGUUAGUAAAUCAAUAAAAACCUGUAAUAAAAGUUCCUUGCAAACCGAAAAUGAUCGACAUUGAACUAUAUAGCUAGGUUCAUAAAUCUGCUUCUAAAUCAAUGCAAGGUAAAAAUUCCUGCCAACGUUGCCUGCACUGUAAAAACUGUGGUUAUAAUAACAAAUCAUACGCAUUGGUUAAUAUAACCGAUGUGAAUUGGUUGUCUCAGAUGCACUUAUUUGGGUUGUUUUAUAACCAAUCGGUUGCUUCGACCAAAUAUUACUGAUCAAAUGAAAAUGUAUCUGAGACAACCAAUUCAAAUUGGUUAUUUUGACCAAUGCGUUUCUACAGUGUGUGGAAAACCACCGGUUUUUUCGUUGACAGUAUUAGAGCUGUUUGUCACCUUGAUCUUAUAUGUGCACAUACACAUACAACACUUUUAAGAGGAAUUAGGUCAGUCCGUCCAGUUUUUAGGUAAUCAUGUCUGUUCAUUUUGAAAUGUUUCAUGGAAUUGAAUUCACAACUUAUAUAGAAUCCAUGCAGUAGUUUCAGGAUGCUGUUUUUAAUAAGAUCUUGUUGUAUGAAAACGCACACGCAUUAACGACGGUCGUAUAAUAAUAAACCAAAUGUAAUACGCUGGGCAAGAUAAUUAUGUUAAUUUAGGUAUUUCUAUUGACAAAAUUAGCUGAAACUAAAACAUUCAUGACCUUACAGCAAGCAAUACGCAUUACUUGUUAAUUAAUUCGAAGUUAAUUUGCAUUAGAUGUAACCAAAUUGUGAGCCAUAUGAUAUCUCAUGCACGUGAAAUACAGUCAGAGCACAUCUUCAAAAUGUACUCCAAAUCUAUCACUUUAAUUAAGAUGUAUCAUUGUUUAGUUCAUUGUCGUCCUCAUGCAUGUGACGUUUCUUCGUGUAUUUUAGAAUGCUUGUGCCUCGUAUUGAUAUAAACAAAGACAGUUUUGUGGAUGAAGAUGAAUUAGUAAUUUGGAUACGUCACAAGUUACAACCUUGGACAGUUCACGAAGACAUUGACGCAAUAUAUCAUGAUAUUGAUGCUAAUUUUGAUAACCAGAUCACUUGGGAUGAAUACAUGGAAAAUGUGUUUGGUUUUCCUGAAAGUGGUAAGAACAGUAUAGGCUACUACAGUAUAUAUUUCGAAAUGAACCAAGCCAUAUAAACCAUUAUGAAAAAUUCACAUGUCAUUUGCUAAACAAUAUAUAUGAAAUUAUGGAAUAGCAAAUUGCAUGCAUGUUGGCGUCUAAAAUUAGAACUAAAACACAGGCCUUUAUAAUUAGAAAUUAUUCACUGCAGUAUUUUUAAAACAAUUUGUAUUAUAGCUCCGAAUAGUUGAAAACAUAUCAGUAUUUACAUAUCAGUAUUCACAAAUCUAUUACAACUGAACAUAGACGAACCCAACACUGACCAAUUUAACCUAACAGUUUUCCUACUGAACAACUGCAACAUCAUAGACAGGGCGAAGCACUGGUCAAAUCUGCUGUUCAAAGAAGCACUCGCCAUUCAUCGACAAUAACCGGAACUGAAUCAUGGGACUAAAGCAUCCAGAGAACUAUCGGUUUUCUUUUAAUUAUAUAUCAAAUUACGUAGAGUAUAUAUAACGCAUGCACUUGUAAUAUAACCAUUCCUGAUGAUGACUAAAUAAAGUCGAAACGUGGAAUCAAAAUGCUUACUUUAUUCGGAGUUACCGUUGUAUUGUAUUUACAUACGGCUUUUAGUAAUUUUAUGCCUCAAAAAUAGCUUUAAAAAAUACCGCUAUAACUGACACACGUUUGGAGGAACGCAGCUGCAUGCAACUUCGUUCGGUAAACAUUUGCUCCACGCUAAGCAGAACAAACCUGGAAGCCAUUUUGGUUUUGAUCAGGAGGUGAAUAGUGCAAGGAUAACCAAAGCUGAGCAACCAAUCAAAUUGUGUGAAAAGCACUAUUCAUUAUUUUAGUCUUAGUUUAAUACUAGAGUCGGCCAUUUUGUUUUCUUCGCAUUACGUACUAGUUAAAACAUGCAUGGGCAGCCGAUCUUUAUCUGAUAUACAAACUCGACCGAGGGCGAGAGAGACGUACUUAAAAAACGACCCAUGUUAUGAGUUCAUUGGCGACGUAAUUUUAAAAAUAAACAUUGUCUAUAAGCCGAGAAAAUCAAAGCUGAAGUUUACGUAAAUAAGGACAAAUCUUUAUCUGAUUUACAAACAUUGAUUUAAACAUUAAUUUUUUUUUAAUUUUCGUCAUGAAUUAUUAAUGAGUUUUUAAGUUAAUAUAUUCAAUUCAUUCGAUGGCGUCAGUCGUGCAAUCAUUAUUCGACUUGUGUUAAAUUAACAUUAGUUACAUUUUGGCGUGAAUAACUUCAAAUGUAUCCAACUCUGAAGGAUGGAACAUCCCAAAGUGGAUGAUCAUCAAACAAUGAGAAAGAGAGAAAUAGUUUCCCGUUACAGAUAAAGUUCAGGUAUCGUUUUCAUUUCUGCAGAAAAAGAGAAGAAGUGGAGCAGAGAAAACCUGAAUAAAUAUAUAGAAGAUGAUCGUUUGAAGUGGAAGUAUGCUGAUAAAAACCAAGACAAAAAUCUCACAAGAGAGGAGUUUGAAUUCUUUCAUCACCCAAGAGAACACGGAGCAAUGAGCGAAUACAUUGCUGUGGUAUGAAACGAAUAUAUUUUGUUUGAAAUCGCAUUUCCGUUUAAAGUUUUCUACAUUUUGCCAUGUUGUAAAUGAACAUGUACAUGAAUGCACAAACGAAUUACAGGUAAACCAUGUCAAACGCUCCUCUUUCGACUUCCUAAAUUGAUUGUAACUUUGCUAAUUUACCUAAAACGCCAAUUACAGAUGUUCCUCACUUCCUGUUAGAAGUUCCUUACUUCCUAUUACAGAUUCUUAACUUCCUGUUACAGGUUCCUAACUUCCUGUUCUGUUCUGAGCAUUGUAAUUGGCUAAUAAUCCAGAACAAGAAGUUCGGAAAAUCUAAAAGGAAGUCUCUCUGGAGAUCUGGAAUGAAGUUUUUCAAAUUUGCAAAGACAAUGAGGAAAAUUGCAAUCAAAUUAGGAACUACAUGAACCGCUUGAUGUAGUUUCCCUGUUAUUGUUAAAUUGAUAAACAACACUUAUAUUUUUCGGCUGCAGGUGGAAAUUAACGAACAUGAUAAAGACAGAGAUGGAUUUUUAUCUUUGACGGAAUAUUUAGGUAAGGUGUACACUAUACAUGCAUGGUUUGACAGUAUACAUAUAUAUAUAUAUAUAUAUAUAUUGAAUAGUUUGACAUAUAAUCAUGCCGAGUAUUUUACGAGUUUUUAACGUAUUUUGAAAUGCAUGGGAGAAACCAGUAAAAUGCACGGCUGGAAUAUAAAUUAAACCAUUCAAUCGGAUUUUCAUCAUAUGAUUAAAAACCCAGAAUUCCUUGUCGUUUCUGAAGGAUUUGCAUGCAUGUAGCGCUGUAAACGGCAAAUAAUUCACAAACAAAGAAAACCUGUCAGUCAAACCUGUCCGAUGAAGUACAACAGAUUUUACAACUCUUCAUCGCUACAACAACGAAUUUCGCCAAUAUACGUGAUUUCUGUACAAAUUAGCGAUUGUGCAAGCGAAAAAGGCAGUUAAACGUAACAGUAUAAAUUCAAGCUUUGUACGAGCAUUAUUUUACGUCCAAUUGUUUCAAAAAUGGUCACGUAAGUUAUCAUGUUAUUUUGGUUGAAAAACCAGUUUCUGAAAUGCAUUUAAAAAAUUUAGCUGUAUAGCAUUUUUGGUGCGGUUUUUAUCAACAAAUUUAAAAAUUAAAUUAGGAGUUGAUUACCACAAUUAGGAGUUUUCAGUUUUCUCUUGCAGUUUACUAUUACUGUUCAAGUGUACAUAAGUCAUAACAUUAUUUUUGAGUCAGGAGAAAUUGUCUGAAAAUGGGAUUUUUCGUGUUCUCAUGGCCUUGUUUGGAAAAUACGCCAUUGUCACUUAAUAAUUAAAAAGAUUAUUUAUUGUCAAUACUAUAAAUAAUGCAUGUGAUAAGUAUUUAUUGCUCUAGCAUAAUAGUGCCCAAAUCUUCAUUUCAAAAGCCUAUACCCUUACCAAAAUUGCAUUGCUGGUUUCCAAUUCGAAUGCUGGUUAAUUCAGACUAUAGUAUAGAUAAAAUAAAUAAAAGAUAUUUUUCUGAUUUAAAUUAUUAUAAAAACUUAUAAAUUAUACAAAGGUGUAAAUUGUUUAAAAAAGGAUGGAUCGAUACCUUAAUUUGUAUAAUCCUUGAGUUUUAAGGUGAAAAUUUUAGAAGUACAAUUAAAUAUAUUUUUCGUUGGUGAGUUUUUAAUUUCUUGAUUGAUUGAUUGACUGGUUGAUUUUAAUUCAUUAGCUUAGAAAAUGAAUCUGUGUUCAAAAUUUGCAUUAAAUUCAUUAUUCCGACUGCACACAUUCUCAACUUGAUUUAUAGCCCGAUAGCUCGAGUAGAAUAGCUCGAUAUAAAUUUUCGAUUAAAGGAUUCCUCACAGAUUUUCUAUAUAUAAGAUCUAAAAACAAUUUUAGUCUUUUCUCGGACACCAAAAUAUUUUCGUUUCUUUCCCAGCAAUCAAACAAUUUUUCACUAUUAUUUGGUAUGCAGAUUCUAUUCAUGCACCUGCCUUUGCCACUCUGGAUACAAAGAACUUUCAUGAAAUUCUAGAUCUCAAUCACGAUGGAAAAUUGGACAUGGUAAGUUGGAAUCAUAAAAUAGAACCUGGAAAAAACAAAGGUAGGCCUACUGUCAGAUAUUGAUACAAAGAGAUUUGCUUUGUAGAGGAUUCAGUAUGUGUGUAUGCGAUCAAGACCUUUUAAAAUAUUUCAUCUGACUUAUGACGAGCACAUAUUUUUGUGGUUGCUCAGUGUUUCAACAAUAUUUCAGAGCAACAUUUAUUAAGAGAAUAUUCCUUUCCGUAAUAUUCUCCCAAAAUGGCGCCAUGAUGACUGGAGGGAAAUUAUGUUUCUGGAUUAGCAACAGUCAUAGGCCUAGGUUAUAAAUUGCGGAAUCUCGAGGUAAGGUUUUAAUAUGCAAAUUGAACCGAAAGAAAAUAUACAGGAAUAGAUGUAUAGACCUUACGUAUGUUUACGAGAUUUAAUAGGGGAAAGUGGAAACAUUACGUUUCUUGAUAUAAUUUCAUAUUUUGUGAAAAAAAUAAAAAUUUAUUAAAAACACAUCAAACUGUAGGCAGAAGUUGAAAUUUGGAAGAAACCAAGAAGUUAUGAUAAAGCUGAGGAUGAAGCUAUACAUCUCAUGGGAUAUGCUGACGAAAAUGGAGUAAGUUGCUUAAUCUUUUCAUUGGGUAUAAUCGCUGUAGGAUACUCAUAGUGCUCGCGCAAUAUAAAGCUAGGGUAUGGGAGACUUAGAUUGUUGCACAUGUAUGUAACAAAGUGACAAACAUACCGCGGAAACACAAGACUAAAUGAAGAAUGUGCUCCGGCAAUGUACUGUAGUGAUUAUAUACUGAGUUGCAUUUUUAUAAAAUAAGCCAAUCCCAACCUCAAACCUUUCCCUAACCCUAAUCGUUAAAUGCGUAUAAUAAACAAUUUGAUGGUUAAAACAUGUAGGAAGAAAGGUUUAAAAACAUUGAGAAAAAUUCUAAAUCAGACAAAACAGACUCGUACCGCAUCGAAGUAACACUUUUUGACACCGCAGGCUUUGACAUCGCAAGCUUGCUGGAGGUGGACUACAGUCACUGAAAAAGUGACAAUGAACGGUAUAUAAAUAAGACUGAUAAGAUAAACGAGGACUUUUUCGCUGGAUUUAGAACAGGAAAUUUAAAACAUACAUCCAAAAGUAGAUCAUAGAGCUGAACUGGAUAAAAAUAGAAGCUUUGGUGGCUUAAAACGCUAGCUGCGAGAUUCCAGUAAAUGUUGUUGCGUACUUCGUGUUGGCCUGCAGUAUAUAUUUGCCGUUUAAUUUUGAAAACACGGUAAUUACUCUAGGUUGUCUUAUGAGUUAUGUGGUUAAUUAAUACAAUUUUUACAAAAAUAUUUUGAAUCUGGCAAGUAGUGUUGAGACAAAUUAGGUGAACUAGUUCACUAGUGUUCUUGCCGUUGGGAAUUUCUUAUUAAUCCAAUUAUGUAACAUAUCAGUGACUGAGUCACCUAUGCAUGAGUCACAGUUUCAAUUUGUUCGUAUUGCUUUCCAACUAUAAGCGCAACGUAUACAACGGGUCGGGAGUGAUAAUAAAGUUGAAGAAGAAAUAAUGUCUAGUGGACAUCCAUAUAUUAGUUUUUUGAUCCUUGUUUCACCUAUAUUUGUAGGACAGCAAGCUAACUGUGGAUGAGUUCUCUACAAAUUAUCACAUCUUUGUUGGUAGCUAUAGUACUCGUUUUGGGCAAGUCUUACACGACGAAUUUUAGAUCUUUAAUAUAAUUAUAAUAAUCAAUUAGGAUUAUGUUAAUUACGAUUGCAUUAAGUAUAAAGACGUUUUCUUUGUGGAGCAUGUUAUUUCCAAAUAAUAGUCAGCUGUAUAAUAUCAUGUGUAUCUCUGCGAUGUUUUCAAAUACUUCUACUGCAUUUGACACGAUAAUAAAUAAAAUAAUUUGUUGGGU